AUGUCCAUUAUCCAAUUCCCAACAGAGAUCCUUUGGAUCAUAGCCAGUUCCUUAAUGGGCGGCGAAAUCUGUGCUUUUGCUCAGGCCCACCGAAACAUCUAUCCUAAGCUGCGUCUGGCGUUGAUCAAACACAAUGUCAAGCAUCAGAACAGCUCGGCACUUCAUUGGGCCGCUAAAACCAACAAUCGCAGAUUUGCAAAGACCUUGCUUUCUUACCGAGCCAAUAUCAAUGCGCUGGUCGAUGGUCUUUCUCCUCUCAUGACGGCCGCAAAUUACGGCUCAGAGCAGGUAAUCAAACUUUUGCUGCAGAAGAAAAGGCUACGCGUGAACAUGAGAAAUACCCAGGGAGAAAGUGCGCUGUGGCUCAGUGUGGCGAGUAAGUCAUCAUCUGCUGUUGUGUGCCAGCUCCUGCAACACCCUCGUCUCAGAAUCGACCUGCCAAAUUGCGAGGGCCAAACCGUGCUCUGGCUUGCGGUCUUUCAAGGCAACAAAGACUUGGUGUGCCAGCUACUCUUAAGCGGUGCCAACCCUGAUGCGAAAGAUCAGCUUGGAAUAUCGCCAUGGAUUCAAGCAUGCAUCAGCAACAGGAGCCAGAUCGUAGAUCUGUUGCUUGAUCACUGGAAGGCGACCUCUCCUGAAUUCGUGUCACCUGCUAAAACGCUCGCCAGGAGUGAGGAGACGGUAACAUCAGCCGCUAGCCGCGGAGAUACGUCCAUGUUACAAAUGCUGCGCCUCCAGGGAGAAGCUCUUGAUACAGCGGAUCAACAGGGGCGGACACCACUCCACACAGCGGCCAAGGGCGGUCAUAUUCAAGCGGUAGAUUAUCUGCUCCGUCACGCGAAGACUCUCCUGAACCGUCAAGACCGUCACGGCAGGACUGCGCUUUGGUGGUCUACCUAUUCAUUCCAAGAUCGUGUCACGCAGAGACUUUUACAAGAGAAGGACGUGGAGAUCAAUACGUUCGGAACGUGUGGGAAAUACGAUACUCCCUCUACUUCGCUCCACCAUUUAGCCAGAAGAAAAGAUACAACCGUCCUUGCAUGGUUUUUGAGUAAGCCGAGUCUGAACCCUAAUUUACGCGGGGACUCCCAAUCUCCUCUUUGUCUGGCUAUACAACAAGGAAACACCGCAGUGGUGAGAUUACUCCUCACCCACACAAAGACAAAAAUCAAUGCCAUGGACAUAUACAGUGACUCGCCGCUUCUUCUCGCAAUCCAGGAGGGCCAUCGCGAUAUGGUCCAACUGCUGGUCUGGCACGGGGGUCGGCUGCAGAUCAACCAGUUGAACUGUCCCGAUGAGGAGACGGCGCUUUGUGUGGCCAUUCGUCACGGGAGACUGGACAUGCUAGAAACGUUGCUUGGGCAUCCUCGAAUCAAUAUUGACGUGAUCAAUCGUUGGGGUGAGACAGCCCUGCUAUUAGCCGUCAAGCGGGAAGACCCCGCAAUGGUGAGCAGAUUGCUCCAGGGCCCGAACUUACCUUGUAUUUUGGCAUUGCCAGCGGAGGUUGCUCAAUCCCGCAAAAAUCGGGGUAUGGCUCGUCUCAUCCAAGAGGCAAUGAAGCAAAAGGGCCACUGCGACUACUCGUCAAGGCAGACACAACGUCAGAUAUGA